AUGGAGGGAAUAGCGCAGUUGGAGGGAAAUUUGAAUUCUGCGAAUGGAGGGAACAACACGGUUGGUUCCUCUGGUUCUACUGCCUCUACAACUCAAGGACAACUUGUCUCUUUGGUAUCUAUGGUAGAUGAUGAGGAUGGUCAAAAGGAUGGGGACCCACGACAUCAUGACUCUCUUCCUGACUUUAAAAAUACUGAAGAUUCUUCAAAGUUGGGUCCUGAGAACUUGAACGCUGAGUUGGAAAAGACGACUGAAGUCAAGGUUCUCAAACCCUGGAACAAUUUAUUUGCAAACAAGCCCACUGGUAAAUCAACCUUUCCCUCUAUGGAAGAUAUUUCUGAUAGAAAGGGUAAAGAUAAGGCUAAUAAGGAUGAUUUCUUUGUGGAGAAUGCCCAUAUUUCUGAGGAUUAUGACAGCUCUGACUCUGAUGAGGAUUCCUCUAAUCUUCCUCCUAAAAAGAAAUCAAGGGUUAGUGAAAAAGCUAAAGAAAACAUUGAAGAGAAUGUUGGUUCUGAGAAGGAGCAAGAGAAGGAGGUGGAAGAAGAGGCGGAGAAUGAGCAGGAGAAGGAGGUCGAGGGUGAGGAAGGGGACAAAGUUAAUGAGUAG